CGGGCGGUGUGCGCAUGUGCGCCCAAGUGACACUGGCGGGGGCCGCCUCGGCUUCCAGCCAACGAGCUUCGCCCUGUCCUCCCGACUGCCAUUCGCGCUCAGUACUCCUCCAAGUAAAGACGUGCUCCCGCAACCAACAAACUUCGCCGGGAUCGCGGCACUGGACUUGGAUGCGCGUUUCAAAGACAAUUAAUGUACAGUGAUCUUGUGAACUAAACUAUGAAGACUAGUCUGUCAGAUACUUUUCCUUAGUUUUCCUCCUUCUUUAGUGAAAAACAAUGAAGUGACGUAAGCAUGUAAACGGACUAAUAUGAACAGAUUCUUUAGGUCGUAAGUUAGUUUUAUGUAGCCAGUAGUGAGUGUAAUCGUUAGGCUAGUUUUUUUCCUUAACUUAUUAGUGUUAAAAUAGGAUUCACAUUGUGAAAAAAUAAGUGUAGUUUUAAUUAAAAGUGAAAGUGACGCUUAGUUAAUUCAAUAGUGUUAAAUUUAGUGUUGAGUAGGAAACGAAUCGGUGUUCGAAUCGAAGCGGGAGGGACGCAUAAUGCAUUCGUUUAUCGUGUUUGUUUCUGAAGAAGUUUGUUGAACUUUUGGUUGCUGUUGGUUGACAACCAUAAAGAUGUCUUUGCCGAUCAAGAGAUCCCUCAGCUCUGAGGGCGGCGCCACUUCCAAACGGGACUGGAAGAUGCGCCUUAGCCUGAGGAGCCGCAGCGGGCACAGUGUGGAUGCGCUACGAGGCCGCCGCUGCGCGUCGCUACGGUCCGCUGCUACGCCGGUCCGCCCCGCCGAUGACUCCGGGCGGUCCACGCCGUCAGCCGCGCCCCGCGCCUCACCGUCCCCCGCUGACACCCCUGCCCCUAAGAAGUCCAACUGGGAAGUAAUUGAGCAUUUCUCAAACCGAGCCAAGAAGAGUCCGACGACUCAUCCUGCUUUGCUGCCAUCAACGAGUCCCGCGGUCAGAGAGUCCGAACAGGGACAGAAUCCAAACGAACGCGCACUAGCACUUACAGAGACGAAUGUCGGCGAGGAGGCCGAAGGUGCGCCGCCUCCUCCCCCUAUACUACCGUUGUGUCCGGCCGGCAAGCCGGAUGCAGAUGUGCUGCCGCUCCUCAACGAAGAGGGUGUGGAGGGCGGCAGCGGACCUGGCGAUGAGGACGAGGAGGAGGAUGACUCCGACUGCAUAGUUCAGUGCGUUGACAACAUGCCUCCACCAUUUCGCAACCUCUGCGGAUCCCACAGAUUUUUCAAUCUCAAUGUGGAGAUGCUCUACCAGAGGUAUUUCCUCCGUAUGAACCAGACGAACAUGACACACCUCCUUGGACUACUCCUGGGGGUGUCAGCUAUCAUGAUACUGGUGCAAUCGAGGAGCUUGUUCAUAGCGAACGACUUCCUUAGCGCUUUGCUGUCAACAUACCACAACUUAACCACCAGCCCCACUACGAACUUUUCGGAUUACGAGGCCCUGUUCAAAUAUUCUCCGGAUAUGCAGGCCUUCAAUUUCUCUGACUCCCCGGAAUUCCUAUUGAAAAAUAUGACUGAUGCUAUCAAGAUCCAAUACUACGAGAAGGAGAAGCUCGCCCACAUUGUCAACAUCGUCACCUUGGGCCUCGCCUCGGUCACUUAUGGAUGCCUCCUGGCAUGCCUGAGCCGACCGGCGAUGAACGAGAUCUACCUCCUGAUCAUCUCGUAUGUUGUACUUGUGACGUUCGUUCUGAUUGAGAUUUCUUUUGCGGCAGCGGCUGUGCUGAGCUUCUUGGAUGACGAGUUUGGAGAGAAGUCGGUGUCGGUGCUGCUAGACGGUGAAGAGUCGGAGCUGGUCUUCAUAGACCACCCCAGCACUGAGAUGUCGGUGGAGAACUGCCUAUCAACGUACGAGCCUCACGCAUGCGUGGUGGUCUACUCUGUAGUCGCGCGCAGUUCCUUCGUGCGCGCUAAUGAGUUGCUCUCGUAUCUGGCACGCGAGUCGUUCACGGCAGACCGGACUGUCGUGCUGGUGGGGAACAAGGCUGACCUGGCCAGGGCUAGGCAGGUCACGACCAAUGAGGGCAAAGCGCUGGCCACGACAAAAGACAGCAAGUUCAUCGAGACCUCCUCAGGCAUCCAGCACAACGUGGACGAGCUGCUAGUCGGCAUCUUGAAGCAGAUCCGCCUCAAGGAAAGCCGGGAGAAGAAGCAAGCGAAGAAGCAGGGCAAACAGCAAGAAGCAAAACCUUCGAAGCUGGCCAGCUCCCGCACCCACAUCUCUCUAAGCAUCGCCAGGGAGCUGCUCCAAAAGAUUUGCAUCAAUGACAUCUCCAAAUCAAAGUCCUGCGAGAACCUACACGUCCUAUAA